AUGGAUGAUAUAGCUUAUACUCUUGGUUAUGCUCCAUAUAUUGGAUUUUACUACAAACUUCCUAGGUUGGAUUUGGACAAAGGGCUAGUACAUAUGAGUAGUGAUGAACAUGUAUUGGAUAUGUCACAUCAUUUGCAUAAAAACAGGGUAACUCAAAUAUAUUUUAAACAUAUAGGAGGUAUAAAAUUACUGGAGAGUCAGACUGGAUCAUCUACAAGCAAAAACAAUCAUUCUGUUGAUGGUGAUCACCCAAUUGAUGACAAUGGCAUAGGGGACGGGGUAGCAUCAGAAUCUGAAUGCAGUGAAUAUGAAGAUUUGGUUGAUAGUGAUUAUGAAAGGUUUGCUUCCAGCACUGAGUGA